CACUGCAAAGUACAACAUAAUCACAUUCCUGCCAAGGUUCCUUUAUUCCCAGUUCAGAAGAGCUGCUAAUGCGUUUUUUCUUUUUAUUGCAUUACUUCAGCAAAUACCAGAUGUAUCACCAACAGGCCGCUACACAACAUUGGUUCCUCUUUUAUUUAUUUUAGCUGUAGCUGCAGUGAAGGAGAUAAUAGAGGAUAUUAAAAGGCAUAAAGCUGAUAAUGCAGUGAACAAGAAACAAACUCAAGUACUACGAAAUGGUGCGUGGGAGAUUGUCCACUGGGAGAAGGUGGCAGUAGGGGAAGUAGUGAAAGUGACCAAUGGGGAACAUCUCCCAGCUGAUCUCAUCAGUCUGUCUUCAAGUGAACCCCAGGCCAUGUGCUACAUCGAAACAUCUAACUUAGAUGGUGAGACAAACUUAAAAAUUCGACAGGGUUUGUCACUAACAUCGGAGAUAAAGGACACAGAAAGCUUAAUGAGACUUUCAGGCAGAAUUGAAUGUGAGAGCCCAAAUCGACACCUCUAUGAUUUUGUUGGAAACAUCAGACUGGAUGGGCAUGGUACUGUUCCACUGGGAUCUGAUCAGAUUCUUCUGCGAGGAGCUCAAUUGAGAAAUACUCAGUGGGUUCAUGGGAUAGUUGUCUAUACUGGACAUGACACAAAACUUAUGCAGAAUUCAACAAGUCCACCUCUUAAAAUGUCUAAUGUGGAACGGAUAACAAAUAUUCAGAUUCUGAUUUUGUUCUGCAUCCUUAUUGCCAUGUCUUUGAUCUGCUCUAUUGGUUCAGCUAUAUGGAAUCGAAGGCAUACUGGAAGAGAUUGGUAUCUUGAUCUAAACUAUGGUGGAGCAAGCAACUUUGGAUUGAAUUUCUUGACUUUUAUCAUUCUCUUCAAUAAUCUUAUUCCAAUCAGCUUGUUGGUUACACUUGAAGUUGUUAAAUUUAUCCAGGCAUAUUUCAUAAAUUGGGACAUUGACAUGCACUAUGAACCUACAGACACUGCUGCGAUGGCUCGUACUUCCAAUCUCAAUGAAGAACUUGGACAGGUCAAAUACAUAUUUUCUGACAAAACGGGUACCCUGACAUGCAACGUCAUGCAGUUUAAGAAGUGUACUGUAGCAGGAGUUGCGUAUGGCCAUUGCCCUGAGCCUGAGGAUUUUAGUGUUCCUUCAGAUGAUUGGCAGGGCCCACAAAAUGGAGAAGAAAAAACAUUUAGUGACUCAUCAUUACUGGAGAAUCUUCAAAACAAUCAUCCAACUGCACCUAUAAUAUGUGAGUUUUUGACAAUGAUGGCAGUGUGUCAUACAGCUGUUCCAGAAAGGGAAGGUGAUAAAAUCAUAUAUCAAGCAGCAUCUCCAGAUGAAGGAGCAUUGGUCCGAGCAGCCAGGCAUCUUCGUUUCGUAUUCACUGGAAGGACACCUGACUCAGUAAUCAUAGAGUCUUUGGGACAGGAAGAGAGAUAUGAACUGCUAAAUGUCCUGGAAUUUACAAGCUCUAGGAAGAGAAUGUCUGUGAUAGUCCGCACACCAUCAGGAAAGUUAAGACUCUACUGCAAAGGAGCUGAUACUGUAAUUUAUGACCGUCUUGCUGAAACUUCAAAAUACAAAGAAAUCACCUUAAAGCAUCUAGAGCAGUUUGCUACAGAAGGCUUAAGAACUCUGUGUUUUGCUGUGGCUGAGAUUUCAGAAAGUGAUUAUCAAGAGUGGCUGGAUGUUUACCACCGUGCUUCUACAGCUAUACAAAACAGAACACUCAAACUUGAGGAGAGCUAUGAACUAAUUGAAAAAAAUCUUCAGCUUCUUGGAGCAACAGCAAUUGAAGAUAAACUACAAGACAAAGUGCCUGAAACCAUAGAGACACUUAUGAAAGCAGACAUAAAAAUUUGGAUACUUACUGGGGACAAACAAGAGACUGCCAUUAACAUCGGUCACUCCUGUAAACUUUUGAGAAAGAACAUGGGACUAAUUGUUAUAAACGAAGGCUCUCUUGAUGGAACAAGAGAGACACUUAGCCAUCAUUGCAGUACUCUUGGUGAUGCUUUAAGGAAGGAGAAUGAUUUUGCUCUCAUCAUUGAUGGUAAAUCUCUGAAGUAUGCUUUGACAUUUGGAGUGAGACAGUAUUUCCUGGAUUUGGCUUUGUCAUGUAAAGCUGUUAUUUGUUGCAGGGUAUCACCACUUCAAAAAUCUGAAGUUGUAGAAAUGGUUAAAAAACAAGUUAAGGUAGUAACUCUAGCGAUUGGUGAUGGAGCAAAUGAUGUUAGUAUGAUACAAACAGCACAUGUUGGUGUUGGUAUUAGUGGGAAUGAAGGUCUACAGGCUGCUAAUUCUUCAGACUACUCAAUUGCUCAGUUCAAGUAUUUGAAGAACUUGCUGUUGGUUCAUGGAGCCUGGAAUUAUAACAGAGUAGCUAAAUGCAUCUUGUAUUGUUUCUACAAAAAUAUUGUCCUUUAUAUUAUUGAGAUCUGGUUUGCAUUUGUCAAUGGCUUUUCUGGACAAAUUCUUUUCGAAAGAUGGUGUAUAGGUCUUUACAAUGUGAUGUUUACAGCAAUGCCUCCACUAACUCUUGGAAUAUUUGAGAGAUCCUGCCGAAAGGAGAAUAUGCUGAAAUAUCCAGAGUUAUACAAGACUUCCCAAAAUGCACUGGACUUUAAUACUAAGGUUUUCUGGGUUCAUUGUUUAAAUGGCCUCUUCCACUCAUUCAUUCUGUUCUGGUUUCCACUAAAAGCCCUCCAGCAUGGUACCGUAUUCGGCAAUGGUAAGACUUCAGAUUACCUGCUCCUGGGGAACACUGUGUACACGUUUGUGGUUCUGACUGUGUGUUUGAAAGCUGGAUUAGAGACUUCAUAUUGGACUUUGUUCAGCCAUAUAGCUAUCUGGGGAAGCAUAGCACUGUGGGUGGUGUUUUUUGGAAUCUACUCUUCUUUGUGGCCAGUCAUUCCUAUGGCACCUGAUAUGUCAGGAGAGGCAGCGAUGAUGUUCAGCUCUGGAGUGUUUUGGAUGGGACUUCUGUGUAUUCCUAUGACAGCUUUACUUCUUGAUAUAGUAUACAAAGUAGUAAAGAGAGCUACUUACAAGACACUGGUAGAUGAAGUUCAGGAGUUGGAAGCGAAGUCUGAGGAUCCUGGGGCAGUUGUGCAUGGCAAGAGCUUAACUGAAAGAGCACAGCUGCUGAAGAAUGUUUUUAAGAAGAACCAUGUGAACUUGUAUCGCUCUGACUCUUUGCAGCAAAACUUGCUUCAUGGCUACGCCUUCUCUCAAGAUGAAAAUGGAAUAGUUUCCCAAUCUGAAGUAAUAAGAGCUUAUGAUACCACAAAGCAAAGGCCUGAGGAAUGGUGAAGGAACGCAGCUCUAGAUUUAGGCCUUAGCACUUAGUUUUGUGAGACAGGCUACUAGAUCUUUGCUGGGAGCUGUGACCAUGGCUCAGUUAUCAGAGAUUGAAAGAUCUAUGAUGGUCUUGUUCCAUAAAGUUUGGAUUUGUGUAUUCAGUAGACAUAAGCACUGUGCAACUAUACUGUAAAACACCAUCUCUAAAUUUUUUAACAAGUACUUGCUUAAUCUUUGUAAACAGAUUGGAAUUCACCUUGUAUCUUGCCAGCUUGCUUAUUUUACAAUGAAGUUGAAUCAAUACUGGUAAUAUACUAGAAAGGCGAAGGUCAAAUUGCUAAACCUACUUUACACUGACAGAUCAAUUAGCAUCUAUGAAGGUUUUUAAGUGUUAAUAUAUUUAAAUACAAUUGAUAAUAAGCCUUUGAUUUCAACAAGUGCUAAAAAAAAUGUAUCUUAAUGGUGUUAAUUCGCCUUCUUUAAGAAAGAUUUUGAGAUGUUCAUAGAUGUUUGUGUCAAACUAACCUAAAAACAUUUGCCAAAGAAAUUCCAUAAAUGUUUUCUGUUGUUAGAAAUAAUUUGAAAGGAAAUUAUUUCCAGUCCUGAUCUCAGAACUGCAUGCUUGAGUCUCCACACUUGAGGAGAAAGUACAGUGAGUCUAAUUUGAGUGGCCUUUAUGGCAUUUGCUUUCAAAACUGCAAGUCUUUGCACCUUUGGCCUUAUACAAGCUUUCCCCUUAUUUUCAUUUAGUAUUGCAUAUGUUGAAUAUGGCUGCCAACUUGUACACAUAUUGUUUUGUUCAGUUUUUAAGAAUUGCUCUGCCUUACUUCCCUUUAGCAAACAAUUAUUUUUGUGAUGCUUAGUUGUACCUGCUUAUACUGUAGGUUCAAAAGAAAGUUUGUUUUAACUUAUUUUUUAAAAUUAAUCAAAUUUUCAACAUUUUUAUACUCAGAUUAUUUUAAAUGCAUACAUUGAAAUACAGAGCAAAGCAUGCCCUUCGCUAGUCUGUGGUAUGUACUGGUUUAUUUGCACUAAAGUCACUUCUUAUAAAGGUGUGAAAUACAUUGCAGCAGUCUCUUUACAACUUGUUGGUCAUGCAGAAUACCCAUAUACUCUCACCUUUAAUUAAGCAUAGAGAGGAAGUGACUGCAAAAAAAGAUAUACACCUGGUAUAAGAAGAAAAAAAGAGGGAUGAGAACAUUGUGAUACCAUUGGUAUUUCUCGCUUAACACCCAACAACCAUCAGGUUUCAAACUACUUGAACUUCAGAAUUUAGUUAAUUCUUGCAACAUUUUAGUCCAUGUUUAAUUCUGGGUUUAAAAGCCACCAUAAAUACAUUUAAAAUACAAUUUUCUAUAAUACCAGUUGGUUUUAUCAAAUCAAUCAAAUUUCUGUGCAUUACAUAGGAAUUUUGUGUUUCUUUCCUUCAAUGGAGACCAACUAGAUGGAAAAGCAGAACAACUAUAUCCCCAGUGAUCUGUUAAAUUAAAAAUUUCCUCUUUGCUCUCCAAAUUGUCCACUUUCAAGUUAGAAAUAAGAAGUCAUCCAGUCCUAUCUUUUGUCUGCCCUCCUUCAUUCCUUUGUACACUUACUAAAGGUGACUUCCCCUCCUGGCCUUUCAUCUAGCUAAAUACCUAACAUAUCAUUUAUUGCACUGUCCAAGUUUCUUAUGCUCCAUUCUAAGAGAAACUUAAAAAUCCACAUGGAACGCCCAACAAUAGGCACUGUUAGAAAGUACAUAUUUAGGAAGGUGUAUCAGUGGGAAGGCAGUCUGCAUUUCAUAUGCAUGUUAUGCAAUGUCUUCCUCUCACUUUCCCGGAGUGAUCUUUAAACAGAAAACAGAAGACACAGGGACAAAGGGAACGUAUCCCACUAGAAACAGUACUGCCAGUCAGCCAUGCAGACAAGAGCUGCCUUCAGAAAAGCCACUUCAGGCAUAGAUAAAUAGAUGGAUCAAUAUGGGAGGGCCAAAUCACUUGACCUAAGGCAAGAAAAAAUUUGGGGGCAUGCCCCUUUCCUAAAAUAGGGUUCCCUAUUUUGUCAUCCAAGGGACAAUGACCAACUUAAAAACAUUUCUGAAAUUACCAUGAUACUCCUUUAUAAUCUUUCAGUGUAUUUAACUCAUAUGAAAUUACUCAAUCCAUACACACUCUCUUCAUGAAUAAUUUUUUUUCUGUUCUAAAUGGCUUAGUUGCUGAUUUUUUAGAAAAGGACAUGAUGACUAAAAUACUUUGUAAAAUAUUUACAGUGAGAUAUUUACAUGAUCUUAUUCUUCCUAUUAAAUAAAAUUCUGUCUUACCAUUGUAAUGCAGUUUGAGGAAAAUAACACAAUAUAUCCCCAGUUUAACUAUCUUAAAAAGGAAAAAAGCAACUGAAACAGCUCUAAUAUCCUAAAUUGAGAAUGUAAUUUAAGGUUUUUAAGAUAGUGACAUCAGAGCAUUUCAUCCUUUGCAGAAUUUGAAGUAGUAUUUCACAAAGUGCAUUUUUCGUUUUUAUUACUUCUGAUGAGGUUUUUCUCCUGCCUCUAUACUUUUUCUGCUAAUUAGUGGUUGGAAGAUAUCACUUCUUAAAAAUAGUGGAAAAGACAGAUGUCGCAAAAAUUGUGGGCUUUGAUUGCUCAUACAAUUCCAUUUUAAAAUAUAAGAUUAUCUUAGCUAUGUAUGCCCAUUUUUAAAUCAGUUCAAGUAUACAAUAUGCACUUUAUUUUCAUGUUAAAUAGACAGUAAUAUAAUCUAUUACCAUCCUAUUAGUUCAUCUUAUCUUUGUUAAAAUAAGGGGAUUCUGCUGAUGUUUGUUUAAAGAAAAAAAACCAGUUUAGGCAAAAUGCUCAGAACAAUGCCUCUGUUACUAUUGUUUGAAAAUUCAAAUGUGCUUUAAAUAUAGAAUUCACACGGACAUUUCUGCUUCAUGUGCACUGCAAGUUAGUAUUAAAAAUUUCCAUCUGAAAAUUGAACCAGUGCCACUUAAAAAUCGAGUAUCUUAUAUAAAUACUGUUGCUUGAUUAUUUUUAAAUAUAUACAUAUAUAUAUAAAUUAUUCAAAAGAGAAAUAUCUGGAAACAAAUUUUGACAAACCUAUUGAUAAUUUGUAUUUGGAAUUUUUUCUUGCCAUUUCCUAAUUUUACACAUAUUUUUGCAAAGCAGUUUCAACAGAUUUAUACUUAGUCAUCAUUCUAUUUGUAUAAAAUUAUAAAUAAAAUAUUUUGAAACACGAAGAGAUAGCUGAAGAUUCCUGUAUGUCCACAUGUAUCCAUAAAAUUCACCAUGUUACAAAGAUGAGCAUUAAGUGUCUUAAGACUUCUGUCACAUUUGAAACCAUCUUGAUUGAUGAGUAAUUUGGCAUAUGUGAUAAAUUUAAGGAGAGAAGUUUUUUCCCUUUUUUUCUUGUACGUUGUGUAUAAGCACUUGUAGUUCUGAUGAAUUUAUCAUUCUGUCUGCAUGAGGCACUAUAUCUAAAUAUGUUCUGAGGCAAUGCAUGGUGGUUGUUGAUUCCUGGUUUUUAAUGCCUUUGUUAAAAGUCUGCUCAUAAUAUAUCGAGAAGCUAGUGCUAUUUAAGCAAAUGAGUUUGUCAGUUCAGCUUCCUUGGUACUGGAUGUUUUCACUGGUAACAAAACUCAACAAAUGAGCCUCUCCUUCUCUCCCCCCCCCUCACUUCCCCAGUUUCCUCGCUGUUAACCAAUAGAUCUUUAUUAAACAAAGGAAUAUUUUAGCAUUCCAAACCUGGUUCCUGCUUAUGCAAACUGUUACUCAAUAGGCUGCAACUGGACUGCCUGUGAGUAUAAGGACUACUCGUCUGAGCAAUGAUGUGCAAAGUUGGGUACUUUGGAGGGCUGAUACUGAAAUAAAAGUAUAUCCAUGUGCAGUGUGAUUUGCAAUUGCAAAGCUGUGACCAGAACAACUCUCUUUUUUUAAAUCAUAUUUUAUGGUGUGUCUUUAAUGUAGAAUAGAAGCCAUAAAUGCAUCAAUAUUGUUUUUCUACUUCGGCGUAACUUCUCAUUAAGAUUUUCAGUGUUUGAUAUGUACGAACUGCUGCAGAAGCCGUCAGUCUGAAACAGCAGAAUUUGCAUUCAAGGUAAAGUGAGGUUUUACAGCUCCACUAGGCCAUUACUGCUGAAACUGUCAUGGAAAUUACGAAGCUGCAUGAAUGAAGAUUUUUUGACUCGGUGUUCAUGGUAGUUUCUCAGGUUUAGUUUUAACUGGAUGUUAAAUGCACUGUGUUUUUUAAAUAGUUCUUUUAGUAACACAUUCAGUUCUAUGCAGUGUUAAAUGUCAUUUGGCAUUUGGUGAAUGUGCAUGUUUUGAACUGCAAAUUUUAAAUGUUUUGUCUUUUAAUUGUUAAAAAAUGAAUAAACUUUGCCAUUAAAUUAA